ACGUGUCAAAAGGCGGUUGAGCAUGGAGUUUCCGUGGUAUUUUCCUACUUGUUUACACAUUAUCAUUGGAAUCUAUCAACAGUUGGUAGGACUCAUUGGUUGGAAAGCAAAAAUAAAAGCUGUUUCCCACCAAGAGCUGAGGUGACUAGUUUAAUGUUGAUACCUGCUCUACAGAUGUUUAACAACGUAAAUCCCACCUGAAAAAUCAUGAAUCAGGCUGCCCAGAGCCCCAUCCAGCCUGGCCUUGAACGCCUCCAGGGAUGGAGUAAGACUUAGAUAAGGACUUAAAAUCAUUGCUGAAUUCAGGAAUUUUUAAGUAGCCAGGAAUAUGGUGGAAGCAGUACUGAUCGAUCUGUUCAGCCUGCCAGCCAGCUUGCACAACGGCAUUCAAGGAGUACUGCGUAACACCCUGGAAAUUAUUGAGAAGUGCUCUUCCACUCCUACUCCAUUUGUUUAUGUCAUGUGCUGCCAGAUGCCAGAGAGUGAAAGGAAGGAUGAGCAAGAAUCCUUGCUUCCAGCUCUGAGAGAUUUCCAGAGUACGAAGAAAGGACUUGAGGUGGUAUGUGCUCAGACUACAGCUGCUGUGUUGUACACCAUCAAACAAAUACUUGAUGAAAAAGACUUAAGCGUCAUUAAAGUUAUUCUCCCCUCCUUAAGGAAAGAAUUAAUGAAAGUAUAUAUAGACCAUCUCUUUACUGCAGUCUACCAGUUUGAAUUUGAGGAUUUAAAGGAGGCAUCUGAUUGCAAUAACCUGCAGACAAUUGGACCAAAGAGAGAAGAGCAAACAGUUUCUACACAGGACGUGGCACUCAUCCGAAGUGAGAUUCAGAUGCACUUGAAAAGCCUGCCAAGCCUGAAAGGGGAGCUCACCAUCCUCAAAUCUUCCCUAAUUCCAGAUGACAUCUUCCUACAUGGAUUCACCACAAGGACAGGUGGGAUCUCCUACAUACCAACUCUAAGCUCCUGCAAUCUUUUCAGCAGUUCUAAGCGGAGGGAUCCACAAGCUGUUGUUAAAGAAAACCUCCGCAGGCUUGCUAAUGCUGCAGGAUUUAAUCCAGAGAACUUUCACAGAGUGAAGACUGAUCAUGCUAAUGCUGUGUGUGUUAUGGGAAGGACAGAGCCUGACAGCUAUGAUGGAAUAGUUACGAAUCAGAAAGGUGUUACAAUAGCAGCUCCAGGGGCUGAUUGCAUACCACUGCUGUUUGCUGAUCCUGUCAGAAAAGCCUGUGGUGCUGCUCAUUCUGGAUGGAAAGGCACAUUGUUAGGAGUUUCCAUGGCCACAGUAAAUGCUAUGGUAUCUGAAUACGGCUGUAAUGUGAAAGAUAUCCUUGUGGUCUUGGGACCAUCUGUAGGACCUUGCUGCUAUAAACUUCCUCGUGAAUCAGCUGAAGAGUUUCACAGAAUUGAUCCAAAGUGUGUGCGACAGUUCGACUCUGCAGCUCCAUAUAUUGAUAUUAGAAGAGCAACACGCAAAAAUGGAAGAAACAGAGAUGGUACAGAUUAUCACUGCUGGUGCAGAGGAUGCCAUUCAAGUCAUUACACUGGGACUUAGACCCAGAUUUUGAAAGGUGCUUUGUGAGCAAGACCUGGAAGACAUACGUUUUCAUCUGCUUGCAAGGGGACAUCUUCAAGAGGCCCAACUCUUCCCCACUGAGUAACAUGGUUUCUUGAUACAAUAAAUGAAUCAUAAAAAAAAAUAAACAUUAAUACUGUUGUGGAAGAAUAUGGUGAUAAGAUCAGUAUAUGAGAGUCUCACAUGGGAAAUAUUUUGAGAGGAAACACAGAAUUAUUGGCAGAAAACGUGAAACAUAGCAAUGAAGUUGAAGGUCUCCAUUAUGUCAGAAAAGUUGGUUUUGUGCUUGAGAAUACGCAGACAAGUCUAGGAAGGAGGAACCUUCCUUCCAAUUUAAAUAGAAAUGAUGGAAAGCACAGAUUUCUCUGAUCUUUGAAUAGAGGUGCCAACUAAUUUGAAUGCAUACCCAUCCAUCCAUAUUUUUAUCACUUAUUUACAUGCAUAGCCGCAUACUUGCAGCUAUGCAUCUGUGUUUUAAAAUGCAAACAAGAGCCAUGUAUGACUUUGAGCCUAUUUUGUUAAUAUAUAUCUAUCUAUGAGGCUAGCCGGACAAACAGUCAUAAUAUUUCUCUUGCUUGCUCAUUCUUGGAUGUCUCAUUUGCAUAUUGAUGCUGCUCUUAUUUUCUUUUUAAAAUAAAGCCCUAGGAAAUGAUCUGCCUGGGCUCUCACAAGGACACAAAUCACCAAGCUUCUGAAUUUUUGAUUAAUUCUAUCCAUUUUAUUUUUGCAAUUCUGGACUUUCCUGAGCGGGAGGCUAUGCUAUCAUUCAUUUGAUAUCAGAGAAAGCACGGUGGCUCCAGAAUGAACUCUUGAUUAUGCUUUGCAUUUAUGUCAACACUGUGCAUAACAGGCUGCACUGAUUGAACAUCAGCUUUUGCACAUCUAUCUUGUAUGCUGACUUAUUAUACUUUCAUUCUGAGUUAUCUAAGAGAAGUGGGAAUAAAAUAGGACGAGCUUUGCACUGUUUUUAUUUUGUGUUAAUUUUCUUUAGAAGAGUAAGCAGAUCCCAAAUCUACUAAGCAAGAAGAAAAUAAAUGGAAUUAAUGAAAACAGAGUACAGCUUAAAACCAAUGAGUACAUUCACAGAGUCCAUUACACAGUCACACAGCCUUGCAGUUGUGACCUAUGUGCUCUUUCUAUCUGCUUUGCACUCAGUUGUGCAGUGCUUUAUAUAGACCAAAAGACCUAUAAGGAAUGAGCUAUGUCCUGGAUUGUGGGAUAGCCUUUGUGCUAUGCUUCCAACAGCAAAACACAUGCCUGUAUCAACAUCAGAUUAUACCAAGAGGUGUAAAUCCAGCUCAGCUAUCAAAGGAAGGAUGAACCCAAAAUAGAAAAUAAAUUAGUGGCCUAGCCUGAAUCUUCCCACUUCAGCACCAGUGCUGGAUAUAAAUUUUCUGAUGGAAAAGAAAGCUUUUCUGAAAGAUCUCAACAUUUGAGCAUGGAAUGCUUAAUCUCAAAUAUCAUGGGGUCUGCUGAGAUUUACGAGAAUACACAGAUGAUUGUUGCCCUAUAACCAGGGGUCUAGGGAAUCAGGGAUGGGAUUUACUCCUGCCUACUCCUCCUUAACGGAGGAUUAUAGAGAAAGACAGAGUCAGACUAACCAAUAGUGAAAGAAUUUCAUACUGCGCAGUGAAGACAAAAAGGCCAUCAGUUAUUAAUACUCAACUGGACAAGGCUCUGAGCAACCUGAUCUGGCUUUGGAGUGUUGGACCAGAUGAAUUCCUAAAUUGCCUUCUAGACUAAAUAAUUCUAUGACUCUUUGACUUGACAUACUGAUAUUUUCAUUUGAUUUAGUCAACCAUGACAUCCUUUGUAGCCAAUGGAGAAAAGUAAAGUGUCUCUCAUUUCAUCCUAAACUAUUAGGGUCUGACAAAUUUCACCUACAAAGACCUAUUUCUUUCCACUGAACAAAGGAGUCUAAAGCCACCUGGAUCAGAUAUGGAUAUUACCAUGUCAGACAAACACAUUUAGAGUAGAAUGUAGUUUGCCUCCUAUGGAGAUAUUUUGGCAACGAGGAUCUCACAGGUUGUGUGGCUUCAGAGGAAGUUGGUGGGACAUGAGAGCCAUGGAAGCCUUCAGCCAAUGCUCAGUGAAACCCAUAUCCUCACUUAAAUAUUCAGAAUAUUCAUUUUUAUAUUUGUGUCAUGAUAUAAUCUGGUCUGCAAAGGUCCUUUUCUUGAAUGCAUUCAACUAAAGCUAAUGUUUUAACAGUUCCAGUAUGCUGCUGUAUCCUCUGAAGGGUUUCCAGUUUGAUUUCAGUCUCACUCAAACAAACAAACAAACAAAAUAAAAGAGCUUUUUCAUGAAAUCCUACUUUAUGGGAACCUCACAGCACCUGAAUGAGAGUUGAAUGCUGAAAACAGGCUCCCAGAGCUGUUGUAUGCGUAUGUGAGUCUUGCUGCAAGGUCUGAAAGGGAAACAGAGAACGGGGGAGUGCUUGCAUCGCAGCCAAUUUGCCAUCCAGCUUGAGCUGGUAAUAGCUCAUGUAGAAAGAUCGCCCUGAUUUUUGCAUGGUUGGGAGAAGUCAUUACGUUUAGAGAAAGAUUUCCUGUGUAGUGAAAAGGAAGGUAAAACGUGAGUCCUCCACAGGGCAGAACCCAUUCUGAAUGUGUAACCCGCAUCUGUUGCCUCUGAAAUGAUGUCCGGGGCGGGGGGGGAGUGUGAGGGGGGGUUCUCAUCGAGCUGUUUGUGAAGGAUUGUUAUUUCCCGCAGCGAAGGGACACGCUGCCAAGAGGGGGCAGUGUCCUUUUGCUUCGUUUCCUCUCUGUUCCGUUUCGACCGUGACAGAGUCGGCAUUCACAGAAAAGAGAGUAAGGACGUUUUCUUGCCAGCCUGGGAAGCAGUGCCAUUGGGAUCCUUUUUCCUAGGUACAUCUCCCACGGCUGUACACACAGCUUUAAUUAAGAUGUGAUGUUUACAGCCAUCUUUCUGAGCCAGAACAGAUGUUGCGCUCCAGUGAAAGACUCUUCCAAGACGACCGGAGAUCUCAGUGACACAUGGAAAUUAAUGGGAUUUUUGUGGUCAAAUUUAUCUUAGCAUUGCUUUCCACAAUGAGCUGCCUUUGGGGCCGUCCCACCAUAUCAGUGCAAUAAUAUACUAAAAGUAAGGAUGAAGCCAUUUCUCUCAAAGUGCUUAGAAACACUGGACUAUAAGCCAAUGGGUUUAUAGUCUCCCUACAAGGGGAGACCUUAUUACUUUAUAAACUCCCUGAAAGGAGGUUGUAGCAAGGUGGGGGUUGGCCUCUUUGCUCAGGUAACAGCAAUAGGAUGAGAGGAAAUGACCUAAAGUUGCCAGGGAGAACCAGGGGAGGUUCAGGUUGGAUAUUAGGAAGAACUUCUUCUCAGAAAGAGUGAUGAGGCAUUGGCACAGGCUGCCCAGGGAGGUGGUGGAGUCACUGUCCCUGGAGGAUUUAAGAAACACGUGGAUGUGGCACCAAGGGACGUGGUUAGUGUGCACAGUGGUGAUGGGAUUUGAUGGUUGGACAAGAUGAUCUUAGCGGUCUUUUCCAAUGGAAAUGAGAAGAGGCCAAACUCUGAUCUUCCUGUGGGUAGAUGUGCAAGUAUCUAAACUAAAAGAGGGGAGAUUUAAGAUAGAUGUUAGGAAGAAAAUCCUUAUUCAGAGGGUGGUGAGGCAUUGGCACAGGCUGCCCAGAGAAGCUGUGGGUUCCCCAUCCCUGGAGGUGCUCAAGGCCAGGUUGGAUGGGGCCCUGGGCAGCCUGAGCUGCUGGCUGGCACUGCACACAGCAGAGGGUUGGAACUGGAUGGGCAUUGAGGUCCCUUCUUACCCAAGUCAUUCACUGAUCCUAUGAUCAUAGAAAUAAUCUUGGGAAACCUGCGAAAAUCCAUGUGUUGAAGAGGUUUGCCCUCUGCCUUGCUGAGGUCUCCACAAUGAGGCAGAGAACAUUUUAUGACAUAUCGAUAAGAACAGAACUGAGUCUGCUGGUUCUGAAGCAGACAAACGUGAAAUGCCCAAAAUGAGAAGAGCACUGGUGCUGGAGGCUGAUCAGCUGUGAAAAAAAAAAAAAAAAAACAACAACCCAAAAAACACAACAAAUUAGCUUUGCUUUCCAGAUCCUCCUACGAGACCCCAGAAUAGUUGGUGUGGUUGCACCACGUUGUUUCUGAGCGUGUUGCACUCUCUUUUGUGCCAAGAGAGAAAAAAAAAAGGCUUUCAUCUUUCUCUGCAACAACAGAAACGUGAGGCUCCCUGUGUUUGGGUAAAACCAAGAGGGUGGAGAAGCAGGUAGGGCUGUUUUCACAGCUCCACGACUGUGUAAGGGCAGGUUUUGCAACCAGCCUGGUGUUCCCGCACUGACGUUGCUCCUGCUUUGUGCGGGCACACACAGCCCGGCUCUGUUGUGCAGAGCCAGGCAUGCGUGAGCUGAUGGCUGGAGACAGGCGAGGGAAAGGGGGGACCUCGGAGGACGAGUCAGCUGGGGACAGGGAACACUGCAGCUUUUGUGAGCGGCGAGAGAGGGAGAGGCAGCGGCAUCCCCAGACUCCCCGUGUUCUGAAAGCAGCAAAAUAGGCAGUGCUGCUUCGGAGUGGUGAAAUCCUGCGUGGGGAACAUGAAAAGUCUUUCUCCGAGAAAUGCUGGAGGCAUCCAGUUAUUAUUGCUGUUACAGGAAUGUGCACAUUGCUUUUUCUUUUUUUUUUUUUUUUCUUUUCCCCUCUCCCUGGAUCAGACUGAGGGGAAAAAAACAGGUUUAGAGGGAUCACCUGGCUUUCAUGACUCCCCAUGGGCCUUUUCCCACAGCUGAGGCUCAAGGGGAGAGGAUGGCUGGAGAAUGUGUUUUGGAGAGGAGCGAGCAGCCCAGCAGAGGGAAACACGCUUCCUCCUGGUAGUGUUUCUGCAUGUCUGCGCCUGAGGAAAUGAGAGCUGGGUUUUACUGGCACGGCGAGGGGGAGCCGGGGGACUGAGGAACAGAAAGGAGAAGGAAGGGAGGGAAAGGGGCUGAGUUGGCCUCUCAUGCACCUCCAUUGGUCUGUGCGUAUGUUCCAGGCUGUGGGGCACAAAAGGAGAUUGCUCUCCAAGCCCUGAGUACAGAAGCCAUUUAUCUAUCUAUCUAUCUAUCUAUCUAUCUAUCUAUCUAUCUAUCUAUCUAUCUAUCUAUCUAUUUCACAACAUCUGUUCUCGUUACAGUGAGUGUUCGCAGCAGUUUUGCAUUCAUCAGUUUUCUUCCAGCAGAGCCUGCUGCUCGGUGGCUGCUGCAAAUAGAAUAAGCCAGGAGCCUUGUAUUUUCUGCAUCAUCUACCCACAAACCCCAUGUUUCGGGCUGAUCUGUGAGUUGUGGUGAGGCAGAGACCGUGGCAUAAAGCAACCACAGCCCCUGCUCAAAGCAAGACCUGAUACAUGCUGGUGUGAGGACAGGAGCAGCUGCUAGGGGUAAAAGGACAUCCCCUAUAUUAGGAGUCCAAAAGCAAGGCACCAUGCUAUGUUAUUGGAAACUGGGAAAACAUGUCAGAGAGCUACCUAUGCUCUAUUAUUUUAUUACUUGAGUGCAUCCUCAGCUGCCAUUGGGAAGCUGGAUGUGACAGGCUCACCCUAGCAGAGCACAUCCAUCCUGGUAGCUUAUGGGAGGAUCAGUCCCAUGUAUUAUCAUGAAUGUAUCUGUGUAUCUGCAGGAUUUGGAGUUUAUUGAGGAUUACAGGGCUUCUGUACAGUGCUUCUGGUCUUUCUCUUUGGGCAUCAUGGAUAUUCUUCUUUGCCUUGCUGUGAGAGCCUCGAGCAGCUCCGACCACUACUACGAAAGCUUUGGGAACACACAGUAGUCAGGCCUGCAGCACAUGAUGUAUGGCUGCAGCAUAUUUUAACCAUGGCAAAAGGGAAAAAAAGUUCCUGAAGGCAGUCAGAGCCCAGGCUGAGUCCCGAGAGAGCUGGAGGAAUUUCACUGCAGCAACAGUCAGCAUCUUCAGCGGAGGAGAGAGCAGCAGGAAUGCGAAGCAUUUGUCCUCUCUGCAUGGCACUGUGACAGUCACCCUCCACUCCCAGCCCGCUGGUGACAGUGCAGCCCCUGCGUGCCGCAGUCACGGACAAGGGAAGGUCGGGGAGAGGUGGGCAGCGGGAUGGCUGAUUCAGCAAUUGCACAGCGCAGGCUUUUGUGAGGCUUUGCUGUAUAUCAAGAAUAAGACGCUGUUGUUUAUGCUGGGAUUAUACCCCUAUUCCCAUGAUACCUCGAGCAGGCUGACAAUUAUCCUCCCUGCCUUCUCCCCGCAGCUAUUUUCUUUGCUGGCAGGGAGGAAAUUGCUCGCGUUUCGUUUGUGCUACCGUUGUUCCAGCUGCCGGAGAGGCAAUGUUUGUCCGUCAGCCCGCGUCCCUUCAGCCCCGCCAUCUGUCAGCGAUACUGCCGCGAUAGGCUGCGUGGUGGCAUAGAUGUUCCCAUGUGCCAUGCACCGUGCCAGCGUGCCGGUGGGUGCAGGGGGCAAAGCAUGCAGGUGAAGGCCACAGGGACCAGAUAAACAACACAGGGGCAGGGGGGGGGGCUUUCUGCCUAAAUCUGCUAGGAAAGCGUGAGCUGAGCUGAGCUGCUCCAACCCCUCCUGAUCUCCUGCUGAAAAAUAUCUCCUUAAAUAGCAGCUGCAGUGUAACACAGGGUCCCAGAUUUGCAAAACAAGCGUUCUGAUAAACAUCCUUGCUCAGAAGCUUUCCGUCAUCCAGCAAAAAAAAAAAAAAAAGAAAAAAAGAAAGAAAA